UCAAAAAAGAAGAAGUUGCAUUUGUUUUGAAAGCACGUUUUAGUAAAAGGAAAAUUCAUUUAUUCAUAAAUAUUUGAAAAUUAAGCAAAUUUUAUAUUAAAUUUCACUUUAAAAAACAUGUCUUCGGAAGUAGCCAACAAUGAUGGACAGGCGGUCUAUAAAAGAAACAAGAAAAAGAAGAAAAACUCCAGAUUUCUACGCAAUGCCAAAGGUUUUGCCAAGCAGGGCAUUUUUGGACGUGGUACCCACAUUGAUGAUGAUCAAUAUAAUUAUUUUAUAAAUAUAUUGGAUACCAUGAAAACCGGCUUUGAGGAUGUGGAAGAGAAAGUGAAUAUGGCCACCAAUGUGUUUGAACAAACGAAAGGCCAGGAGGUGCAUUUGGCUUCCAAUCAAAUUGUUUGUAAAGCUUUGGAAUCUUUGGUGGGUUUUGUUGAUGCCGAACAGUUGGAAUCAUACUUUGAGGUGUUUGCCGAUAGUUUUCGACCAAUUUGUUCAGAUCGUUUUGCCUCGCAUGUCUUGCAGAAAAUGGUUGAAAUAGCUUUUCUAAGAUCUCUGAGUAAAGAUCAAUUGAAAAAGGAUGACAAUGAAACAAAGGAAACAAAAGAAACAAAAGACAGCAAAGAAAAAGAUGAUAAUGAGGAUGAACAACCUGCCGCCAAAAAACCCAAACUAAAUAAAGAUGUUUUGAGCGAAGAAAACUAUAAUUUAGAUACUGAGUUUACGCCAGAGCAUAAAACCAAUUGUGGUAAGUUUGUGUUAAGAGUGGGCAAAUUUAUGUUGAACAAUUUGGAAGAUUUUGUGUGGGAUUCUUGUGCCAGCCAUAUUAUGCGUACUUGUAUACUGUGUCUCUCGGGUAUACAUGUGGCCAAGGUGGCGUUUGAAAAAGGAGGUGCCAGUUUGGCUAAAAAUCGCAAAAUCUAUGAAGUGUCCAGUGAAUGGCAAGAAGUGGCCAAAGAGUUUGCCCAGCGUUUAGAAAUGUGGCCUCAGUUCAGUGAUUUCCCCUAUCAGGAACACUCCUCAGCUUUGAUGGGUGUUUUGUGCAUUGCCUUAAAAGUGAUUGAUAAGAAAAUGUUAAAAAAUUUGGGUAAAAAGAUUUUAAUGGAAGCUCUACUCAAAGUCGAUGUAGAUGAGGAUGAAAAAUUGAAAAAGAUUGAAAUCUUAGAUGAUGAGGAAGAAAACAGAGAAAAAGCUAAAGAGGAUGAAGAAAAUGCAACAAAAGAGGAAGAGGUCGCCGCUAAAAAUGUACCCAAAUUAUCCAAAGUUUUUGAGUAUCAAUCUUCUAUAAUAUUAUUGGAAACUUUAUUAACAGUAGCUGGUCCCAAACUAUUAACACAACUAUAUGCCAUGUUAUUUAGCAAUAAAUUGGCGGUAUUGGCCCAACAACCUUUAACGAAUUUUGCUGUGCAAAAACUUUUAAUCAAUAUCAAAGAAAAAGAAGAUUUUGAAAAUAUAUUUCAAGAACUGCAAGAUCAUAUAGAAGAGUUAUUGAAAAUUGGUCAUACUGGUGUGAUAACCUCGCUCUCCUCUGCCUGUUUAAGACUACAAACCAAGCAGGCUCAACUGAUAGUGGCCUUGCAAACAGCUCUGCAUAUAAGCGGUGACAAAGAACGUUUAAAAUCCUUCUUCCUGUGCCUGUUAAAACUAAAACCUUUUGAAAUUCUACAACAAGAUAAAAGCAAUUUUGUGCACUUGCACGGCUCUUUAUUAAUACAAGAUAUUCUACGCUUCAAUAAACCUAUUUUCAUGGUCAAUUGCAUUUUGGAAACUUCACCCGACCACUUGGUAACCGUUUUCAAUACCCCCAAUGGUUCACAUAUCUGUGAUGCUUUUCUACAAAGUAAAUUUAUUGGUGAAAAAUCACGCGAUAAAUUGUUUAAGCACUUGGAAGGUUUCUAUGUGGACUUGGCCAUAACGAAAUUUGGCUCUCGUGUGGUGGAGUCUUGUUUUGCCGCAGCUCACGAAACACAAAAACCCAAAAUUGUCAAAGAAUUAGCGGACAAAUCGAAUAAAUUAAAGGGUUCACCGUUUGGUAAAUUGAUAAAUCACAAGUUACGUGUGGAUACGUAUCGUUUGUCGGCGGAACAAUGGAAGGCCAGUUUACAGCAGAAAGAGUCAAAGGCUCAGCAAUUAUUUAAGGAUAUAAUUAAUUGAUAUGUUGGAUGUUAAUAGAAAGAGUGAGAAAUAAAUAGAGUUUUAUUUAUA